CAUUGAGAUGAUGGCGAGAACUAAAUUUUAUAUUUAUGUAAUUUGUAGAACAAAAUUUAAAAAUAAAAUGCUCUAAAGCAUUCUUGAUCUAGAUCAAGCAGUUGUUGAUCAAAAUUGAACUGCUAGAUGGAGGGAGUAUAUAUCCUUCAUACAUUAGAGAAUAUAUAGAAAUCUUGUAUAUAUCCUUCAUACAUUAGGGAAUAUAUAGAAAUCUUUUCCCAAUUAAAAUAUUAAGUAAUACUUCCUUAAAAGUGGCUUGACUGGGGAAGACAGACAGAGAGCGCGCUAUUAUUUAAGAAGGAUCGGAGGGUUGAAUGUUUGUGGGUUCUUCAACAAUGGCAUCAUUGAGAUAUAUUUUCAUGCUCUCUCUUGGUUUUCUAUUUGUUUUAUACAGUGUGCAAUCUGAUGCAGCAGUUUUAGGGAAGACUCUCAAAAGGAUUGCAAAGCUUAACAGGAACGGGCCUUACAUGGGCCUGGUUAUACCCAAUUCCUUUGAGAUGAACCCACUUCUUCAAUCUCCAAGUUUUCAGCCCAAUGAAUCCUUGCCUUAUGUUGAUUUUGCAGGUAGGAGAUUUCGUUUGGGCACAAUAGAAGGCGAGAAGGUGAUACUGGUGAUGACAGGAUUGGCUAUGCUUAAUGCAGGUGUAACCACACAGUUAUUAUUGGCUCUUUUCAAAGUAAAAGGAGUUGUACACUAUGGAAUUGCAGGGAAUGCAAAUCCUGAUCUCAAUAUUGGAGAUGUAACCAUCCCCCAAUUCUGGGCUCAUACAGGGUUAUGGAAUUGGCAGAGAUAUGGGGAUGGACCAGAAGAUGAACUCCCUCUAGAAUCCAAUGGUGAUUACACUAGGAAAAUUGGUUACCUUCAUUUUGCAGAUUACAGUAUUGAUGAUGGCAACAAAACCCUAAAUACUUCUGAAAAUCUUCUCAACAAUGUGUGGUAUCAACCUGAGGAGGUGUUUCCUAUUAAUGGGAUACCUGAAACAAGGGGCCAUGCCUUUUGGGUUCCUGUUAAUAGCCAUUAUUUUGCACUCUCCAAUCGAUUAGAGAACCUGAAACUUAAAAACUGCAUAAACUCUACAACAUGCUUGUCAUCUCCACCAGUUGUGAAGAGAGUUGCAAGAGGGAGCAGCAGCAGCAUAUUUGUAGACAAUGCGGCCUAUAGAAGCUUCAUUUACAACAAAUUCAAUAUAAGCCCAAUAGACAUGGAGAGUGCAGCUGUUGCACUGGUUUGUCAUCAACAAAAAACCCCUUUCAUUGUGUUUAGGGCUCUCUCUGACUUAGCUGGAGGCGGUGAAGCCCAAUCAAAUGAGGCUUCUAUUUUCGCUUCCUUAGCAGCCAACAAUUCAGUCACAGUGGUGGUUCAAUUCUUGAAGCACUUGCACUCAGUUAGAGGUGCAAAUUGACGAUUUUUUUUUAUUUUUUGUAGUUCAGUUUGAGAAAGGUACAAUACUUGUGGUAAGAAUGAUUUCGAGAUAUCAUGUUGUGGUGCUCUGCUACCCUAACCACUUAGCCUUUGAACCCAUUUAAAACAUAUAAUCUAUAAUA